ACCCAACCCAACCCUCAUCCUUUCAUUCCUCAGUCAUAACAUAACCCUUGUUCCUUCUCCCUAUCUAUCUCUUUCUACUCUGCAUCUUCAAAUUAGGGUUUAGGGUUAUCUAUCACUCUGUCAUGGCUGCUCAGAUACACGGUCUCGGAACCCCCAUUUUCACCACACCACUCAACAAAUCCAAUUCCCGAACUGUUUUCUUAGGCCAAGCACUCACUUGUAAUUACAAACCCUUUCCAUUUCUAAAGCUCAAGACCAGUGUUAACCACACCAGGAGGACCAGGUCCCACACUCUCCGAGUCGUCAAUGAGAAAGUCGUCGGUAUCGAUUUGGGAACCACCAACUCCGCCGUCGCCGCCAUGGAGGGUGGUAAACCCACCAUCAUAACCAACGCCGAGGGCCAGAGAACCACCCCCUCCGUCGUCGCCUACACCAAAAACGGUGACAGGCUCGUUGGUCAAAUCGCCAAGCGUCAGGCCGUGGUCAACCCUGAGAACACUUUUUUCUCCGUCAAGAGGUUCAUUGGGAGGAAGAUGUCCGAGGUCGACGAAGAGUCCAAGCAGGUCUCUUACAGGGUCAUCAGGGACGAGAAUGGCAACGUCAAGCUCGAUUGCCCCGCUAUUGGCAAGAGUUUCGCUGCCGAAGAAAUCUCUGCUCAGGUCUUGAGGAAGCUUGUAGAUGAUGCUUCCAAGUUUUUGAAUGAUAAAGUCACCAAGGCAGUAGUUACUGUCCCUGCUUACUUCAAUGAUUCCCAAAGAACUGCUACCAAGGAUGCUGGCAAGAUUGCUGGUUUAGAAGUUCUUCGUAUUAUCAAUGAACCCACUGCUGCAUCCUUGGCUUAUGGCUUUGAAAGGAAAAACAAUGAAACUAUCUUGGUAUUUGACCUUGGAGGUGGUACUUUUGAUGUCUCAGUGCUUGAGGUUGGUGAUGGAGUGUUUGAAGUCUUGUCUACUUCUGGUGAUACACACUUAGGUGGUGAUGACUUUGAUAAGAGAAUUGUCGAUUGGCUGGCUGCAGACUUCAAGAGAAAUGAAGGUAUAGACCUUUUGAAAGACAAACAAGCUCUUCAGCGUCUCACUGAAACUGCUGAGAAAGCUAAAAUGGAGCUCUCAUCAUUGACUCAAACUAACAUCAGUUUGCCGUUCAUAACUGCAACAGCAGAUGGCCCCAAGCAUAUUGAGACCACCCUUACAAGGGCUAAGUUUGAGGAAUUAUGUUCAGAUCUCCUUGACAGGCUUAGGACGCCAGUGGAAAAUUCGUUAAGGGAUGCAAAACUCUCAUUUAAGGAUCUUGAUGAGGUGAUUCUUGUGGGUGGAUCAACACGUAUCCCUGCAGUCCAGGAACUGGUGAAGAAGAUGACUGGGAAGGACCCUAAUGUCACUGUCAAUCCAGAUGAAGUGGUUGCCCUUGGAGCUGCAGUUCAGGCUGGUGUCUUGGCUGGGGAUGUCAGUGACAUUGUGCUGUUGGAUGUUACUCCCUUAUCCAUUGGUCUGGAAACUCUAGGUGGCGUAAUGACGAAAAUCAUCCCGCGGAACACUACUCUUCCCACUUCCAAAUCAGAGGUUUUCUCCACUGCUGCUGAUGGUCAGACCAGUGUAGAGAUCAAUGUCCUCCAGGGUGAGAGAGAAUUUGUUAGGGAUAACAAAUCUCUUGGUAGCUUCCGCUUGGACGGUAUCCCUCCGGCCCAACGUGGUGUUCCCCAGAUUGAGGUGAAGUUUGACAUUGAUGCCAAUGGUAUUCUCUCUGUCACGGCUGUGGACAAGGGCACAGGGAAAAAGCAAGAUAUUACCAUUACUGGAGCUAGCACCUUGCCUAAUGAUGAGGUGGACAGGAUGGUGAAGGAGGCUGAGAGAUUUGCAAAGGAGGACAAAGAAAGGAGGGAUGCAAUCGACACAAAGAACCAAGCAGACUCUGUUGUGUACCAGACUGAGAAACAGUUGAAGGAACUUGGAGACAAGGUUCCUGGCCCUGUGAAAGAGAAGGUUGAAGCCAAACUGGGAGAGCUUAAAGAUGCAAUUUCCGGUGGUUCAACCCAAGAUAUUAAAGAUGCCAUGGCUGCCCUGAAUCAGGAAGUUAUGCAGAUUGGUCAGUCCCUCUACAACCAGCCAGGAGCAGCUACAGGUCCAGGAGGGCCUACACCACCUGGCCCUGAGUCUGGCUCCUCAGAAUCACCAUCAUCAGGCAAGGGACCCGAUGGGGAUGUGAUCGAUGCAGAUUUUACCGACUCUAAAUGAGUUAUAGAGAAUAUUAUCUAAUACUUUUCUUUUUCUUUCUUUCUUUUUGGUGCUAAAUUCUUAGUGAUUUUUGUGAAUGGAGUGGACUGUGGACGUCUUUCCAUUUAAAAUUAGACGGGUUUUCUUUUAUAGGGUGCUUAUUGAUGCUCGUAUUUGUAACUUGGAAAUUUUGUUUGUGAAAUACGGGUAAUAUUAUGGGUGAAA